AUGCUGAAUACUGUGCGAUCUCGUCCAUGGACCUGCAAAGUCUGCCUGCAGCGUCUUCAACGUUUGCAGCGGUCCCGGCCAGAACGAACCUUCGCCACUGCUGUCGCUGCAGACCAGCAGUCCAUCGAUUAUGUCGCAACAAACAAAUCCGCAAAGCAACGUGACGACGAAACACUAAGACGAGUCUUUGAUUCACGUCCAUUUUGGCGCGAAUUCUCCCAGAGACAAGCAAAUAGUUCGAAAAGAACCGGAAUCGUACAGAAUCAGUAUCUCACAAGCCCUGAAGGCUUCCGCGAGUUCGCGCAUACGUCAUUACAAAAAUGUCAACACAUUGUCUCAAAGGUUCUAGCGGUGUCUACAUUAGAGGGUUACAAGUCGAUGGCUAAGGACUUGGAUCGAUUGAGUGAUUUGUUGUGUCGGGUUAUUGAUCUGUCGGAUUUUGUUCGAAGUAACCAUCCGGAUCCGUUGAUACAAGAAGCGGCUACCCAGGCUUACGCACUCAUGUUCGAGUACAUGAACAUCCUAAACACGACAACUGGAUUGCACGACCAACUUAAAAAGGCGGCCGCUACUCCCGAAGUGGUGUCUUCUUGGACGGAGGAAGAGAAAAUGGUUGCUGAUAUACUGAUCAAGGAUUUCUCGAAUUCAGCAAUCCACAUGCCCCCGAAAGAUCGACAGCGGUUCGUCAACUUGUCCAACGAUAUCAGUCAGCUAGGCUCCGAAUUUGUCAACGGAGCCGAACCCGCGAAACCUCACGUCGUGUUGAGGAAGAGCAGUGUUCAAGGUCUGGACCCGAGGGUUGUACAGCAGUUACAGAGGUGGAAUAGUGUGGCUAUUCCGACCUGGGGAGUAGAACCACGAUUGGCGCUCAGGUCGAUGCAUGAUGAGAAGUCGAGGAAGGAAGUUUACAUGGCGACACGGAUAUCUAGUAGACGGCAAAUUCACCGGUUGGAAGAACUUCUUCACAAACGAGCUGAAUUGGCCAAACUAUCAGGGUAUAGUACCUACGCUCACAUGACGUUGAGUGAUAAGAUGGCAAAGACGCCGGAAGCAGUCUCGAAUUUCUUGACGACUCUUAUUGGAAACAACCGGGUGCAGGUUCAGGAGGAGCUCGCUAAAUUACAGAGCAUGAAAGGGGCGACGCCACUACAACCCUGGGAUCAUUCUUACUAUGUUCAAAAGCGCGUUUUGGAAUAUUCAAUGUCACGGCGAUCUCGCGAGCUUAGCAGAGUUCCUGAAUUCUUCUCACUUGGCACGGUAAUGCAGGGUCUUUCUCGUCUAUUUGAUCAUCUGUAUGGCAUACGAUUGGUGCCACAAGAAACACUGCCCGGCGAAACAUGGAACUCAGAUGUCCGACGAUUGGACGUGGUUAAUGAGGCUGGUCAACACAUUGCUGUUAUAUACUGUGAUUUAUUCACACGACCUAACAAAAGCCCCAAUCCGGCUCAUUUCACGCUUCGAUGUGCACGUGAAAUCUCUGCAGAGGAAAUUGCCGAAUCAGCGUCUAUGGAUCCUCCAUCUCACCCAAAUGAUGGAAUGGCGACGGCAAUGAAUCCUGGAUCGGACACUCUUCGUCAAUUACCUACAAUUGCUCUUGUCUGUGAUUUCCCAGAGCCACCUGCAUCUGGAAAUGGUCCCCCCACGCUUCUUUCGGAACAUAGUGUGAGGACAUUAUUCCACGAGAUGGGGCAUGCAGUCCAUUCCGUUCUUGGGCAGACACCCCUUCAGUCGAUUUCAGGUACACGAUGCUCGACCGAUUUCGCCGAGCUGCCAUCUGUCCUUAUGGAGAGUUUCGCCACUGCGCCAGAAGUUCUCUCACUGUAUGCACGACACUGGGAAACCGACAAGCCUCUGUCAGACAGUAUGAUGCAAAGCAUGGCUGCAGACCGCAUCGCUCACGGAAGCAUAUAUGGAGCGGUUGAGAACGAAGCACAGAUUCUCAUGGCUCUUGUCGAUCAAGCCUACCAUGCACUAUCGUCAAACGGCGGGCAACGAUCAAUCGACAGCACCGAUAUUUACCAUCAAGUAUUCUCCACGCAUUGCACACUGCCGGACCCUCAGGAUGGAAACACACGCACAUCCUGGCAAGGAUUCUUCGGGCAUUUAUAUGGAUACGGAGCUACAUAUUACAGUUAUAUAUUCGACCGCGCAAUUGCGAACAAGAUCUGGCAGGACGUCUUCCAAGGAGGCAAAUUGUCGAUCGAUCGCGAGGCGGGAGAAAAGUAUAAGAAUGAAGUCCUUCGCUGGGGCGGUGGUCGUAAUGGCUGGAGCUGUGUGGCAGGCGUUCUUGGAGACGCGAACCCAUCAAAUGCAAACGGCCGAUUGGCGGAAGGUGGUGAGGAGGCCAUGCGUGAAGUUGGUCGGUGGGGACUGGGAAGGGAUGGGAUAUCGAGUUGA